UUCCUCCAGUGGCAUCUGCUUCCGUUGCAUCUCCAGUUUCUCUGAUGGUGGAGGGUGCAGUGGGUAGAACUUGGGUGGAACUUGAGACCCAAAACGGAGUGAGAGGAAGCCAGAGGAGACUUAGGGAACCUGAAGGAGUCCUUCCAGCAUGGGGGCCACGCUUUCCUUCUGCCACUUGAGUCCCAGCGCCCCUCCCAGGGCUCCUGACAACCCCUCCAAGCCCCUGCCAUCUUUUUUUUCCUUCCCUUUGUUUCCUGACCUUCCUUCUCGAUCUUCCUCUGCUCAGAAAACACAGCCAUUUUCAUGUGUAAAUGUUGUAAUCUUUUCUCGCCAAACCAGUCGGAGCUGCUCUCCCACGUCUCUGAGAAGCACAGGGAUGCAGGAGUUACUGUGGAUGACAUCAUCAUUCCCCUGCGGCCUCUGAGCAUUCCUGAAGCCCCCAAUCCCAGUGGGACAGGAGACGAGUUUUCUGUCAUGAAGAGGAAGCGAGGCAGACCUAAGGGGUCCACAAAAAAGUCCAGUGCAGAAGAGGAUCUGGCAGAAAACACCACAAGUCCAAACGGGGAUGGCCAGCUGGCCCCAGAGGAAGGGAGCAGCCUGACACCCAGCAGCCUGGAGUGCAGCAAGUGCUGUCGGAAGUUCUCCAACACACGCCAGCUGCGGAAGCACAUCUGUAUCAUCGUGCUGAAUCUGGGCGAGGAGGAAGGAGAGCCAGGUAAUGAGUCAGACCUUGAAGUAGAAAAGAAGUAUAAGGAAGAUGAUCGAGAAAAGGCUCCCAAAAGACCUCGGUCCCAGAAAACAGAGAAAGUUCAGAAAAUCUCAGGAAAAGAGGCGCAGCAGCUCUCUGGAGUGAAGAAACCCAUCAUCAGUGUUGUUUUAACUGCUCAUGAAGCCAUUCCAGGUGCUACCAAGAUUAUCCCAGUGGAGGCUGGGCCUCCAGAAGUAGGAGCAGCAAAUCCUGAGUCUGCUGCCCCUGACCUGGUGCUGCGGAGGGGGUACCAGGAGUAUGCCAUCCAACAGACCCCGUAUGAGCAGCCGAUGAAGUCAAGCAGGCUAGGUCCUACCCAACUGAAAAUCUUCACUUGUGAAUACUGCAACAAGGUCUUCAAGUUCAAGCACUCGCUGCAGGCCCACCUGCGGAUCCACACCAACGAGAAGCCAUACAAGUGCCCUCAGUGCAGCUAUGCCAGCGCCAUCAAGGCUAACCUCAACGUGCACCUACGCAAGCACACUGGUGAGAAGUUCUCCUGUGACUACUGCUCUUUCACCUGCCUCAGCAAAGGCCAUCUCAAGGUGCACAUUGAGCGGGUGCACAAGAAGAUCAAGCAGCACUGCCGAUUUUGCAAGAAGAAGUACUCCGAUGUCAAGAACCUCAUCAAGCACAUCCGGGACACGCACGACCCACAGGACAAGAAGGUCAAGGAGGCCCUGGAUGAGCUCCGCCUAAUGACGAGGGAAGGCAAGCGGCAGCUGCUCUAUGACUGCCACAUCUGCGAGCGCAAGUUUAAGAAUGAGCUGGACCGGGACCGCCACAUGCUGGUCCAUGGCGACAAGUGGCCCUAUGCUUGUGAGCUCUGUGGCCACGGGGCCACCAAAUACCAGGCCCUGGAGUUGCACGUCAGGAAGCACCCCUUUGUGUAUGUCUGUGCCAUUUGCCUCAAGAAGUUUGUCAGCUCCAUCAGGCUGCGCUCCCACAUCAAAGAGGUGCACGGGGCAGCCCAGGAGGCCCUGGUCUUCACCAGUUCCAUCAACCAGAGCUUCUGCCUCCUGGAGCCGGGAGGGGACAUCCAGCAAGAAGCCCUGGGGGGCCAGCUGCAGCUAGUGGAAGAGGAGUUUGUGUGCCAGGGGGUAGAUGCUCUGAAAGAGGGGGCUGGUCCCAAGGGUGCUCCUUGUGAGGCGGAGCGGAAGGAUCUGGAAGUCCCUGUGAAAAUGCCUGCCCCAGAAGUGCCCUUGGCCAGCCCUCAGGCUGAAAGUGAUGCCCUGCCACCCUGCGAGCUGGAAACCACUGUGGUCUCUGCAGACCUGCAUUCUCUUGCAGUGGUUUCUGAUGAUUUCUUGCUGAAAAAUGAUACCUCCUCCACUGAGGCUCAUGCUGCUGCUGAGAAGACCUUGGGCACCCAGCAUGGAGGCUCAGCCCAGACUCAGGGUGAAGAAAUCAUUCUACUCCUAUCCAAGACCAAAAGUGCUGGGCCCAGCCCAGAGACCCAGAGUGCCGAGAGCCCUCCAGGAGAAGGCCAGGAAAUGACUGUCCUCUCAACCAGUAACCCCAACCCCAGCACAUGUCUCAGGCCAAACCCUGUUGAGGCCGUGGACCUCCUUCCUCCAGUGGCCAGUGUUGGGGACACCGAUGUGCUCCAGCCUGACUCUUGUAAACCUGCCUCUGAGCAUCAGCCUGGCAGCACUGCAUUCAUGAAGGUACUGGACAGUUUGCAGAAGAAGCAAAUGAACACUGGCCUGUGCGAGAGGAUCCGCAAGGUUUAUGGAGACCUGGAGUGUGAAUACUGUGGCAAACUUUUUUGGUACCAAGUGCACUUUGACAUGCAUGUCCGCACCCACACCCGGGAACACCUGUACUAUUGCUCCCAGUGUCAUUAUUCUUCCAUCACCAAAAACUGCCUUAAACGCCAUGUAAUUCAGAAACACAGUAACAUCUUGCUGAAGUGCCCCACUGACGGCUGUGACUACUCGACUCCAGAUAAAUAUAAGCUACAGGCACAUCUUAAAGUUCACACAGAGCUGGACAAAAGGAGCUAUUCUUGUCCUGUGUGUGAAAAGUCUUUUUCAGAAGAUCGACUGAUAAAGUCACAUAUCAAGACCAACCAUCCUGAGGUCUCCAUGAGCACCAUUUCCGAAGUGCUUGGGAGGCGGGUGCAGCUGAAAGGGCUAAUUGGAAAGAGAGCCAUGAAGUGCCCAUACUGUGAUUUUUAUUUCAUGAAGAACGGCUCAGACCUUCAGCGUCACAUCUGGGCUCAUGAGGGCGUGAAGCCCUUCAAGUGUUCUCUGUGCGAGUAUGCAACUCGUAGCAAGAGUAACCUCAAGGCUCAUAUGAAUCGUCAUAGCACUGAGAAGACUCACCUGUGUGACAUGUGUGGCAAGAAAUUCAAAUCAAAGGGGACGCUGAAGAGUCACAAGCUCCUUCACACGGCUGACGGAAAGCAGUUCAAGUGCACAGUGUGUGACUACACAGCGGCCCAGAAGCCACAGUUGCUGCGGCACAUGGAACAGCAUGCCUCCUUCAAGCCCUUCCGCUGCGCUCACUGCCAUUACUCCUGCAACAUCUCGGGGUCCCUGAAGAGGCACUACAACCGGAAACACCCCAGCGAGGAGUACGCCAAUGUGGGCAGCGUGGAGCUGGCAGCUGAAGCGCUCAUCCAGCAAGGUGGUUUGAAGUGUCCUGUCUGCAGCUUUGUGUAUGGCACCAAAUGGGAGUUCAACAGACACUUGAAGAACAAGCAUGGCUUGAAGGUGGUGGAAAUUGAUGGAGACCCCAAGUGGGAGCCAGCAGCAGAAACUCCUGAGGAGCCUUCGACGCAGUAUCUUCACAUCACAGAGGCUGAAGAAGACGUUCAGGGAACGCAGGCAGCUGUGGCUGCCCUCCAGGACCUGCGAUACACCUCUGAGAGCGGUGACCGCCUCGACCCCACGGCUGUGAACAUACUACAGCAGAUCAUCGAGCUGGGCACCGAGACUCAUGAUGCCACGGCUGUAGCCUCAGUCGUUGCCAUGGCACCUGGGACAGUGACUGUGGUAAAGCAGGUCACUGAAGAGGAGCCCAGCUCCAACCACACAGUCAUGAUCCAGGAGACCCUCCAGCAAGCCUCUGUGGAGCUGGCCGAGCAGCACCACCUGGUGGUGUCCUCUGAUGACGUGGAGGGCAUCGAGACGGUGACUGUGUACACACAGGGCGGAGAGGCCUCAGAGUUCAUUGUUUAUGUGCAGGAGGCCAUGCAGCCCAUGGAGGAGCAAGCAGGGGAGCAGCCAGCUCAGGAGCUCUAGAGGACAUCAGCCUCUCAAAUGCACAGGACAGGCUGCUGGGCACCCAGGGUGGAGACUACCCAGCCACCUGGCUGGUGCAGUAGCACUGUCCUCUGUUCUUCCAGCCCAGAGGCCCAGGUGGGCUCUCCUCACUGUUUGGGUGGUCAAGACGACUGCAUCACCAGCAAUACAGGAUCUGGGACCCCAGCACAGACUCGCCCCACCCCCCAUCACCUGCUUCGGAAGGACCUUUGUAUCACCUGUUCUGCUCCAUGUUACCCCUUGCUUCCAGGUCCAAACUGAGACUCUGUCCCAUCAGUGUCUUCUCUGAAUCACACUCCUAGUCCCUGGUCACACCUCCUGCUCCUCCCUGUCUGGGCCCACUGUGCAGUCUGGUGAAUGGGAGACAGCCACCACACAGCAAGUGACCUUAUGGCUCAUGUGUGGCGCUGGAUACAGCAGGUGGGAUUGUCCCAGCUCUUUCCCCAGGGCCCCACCCUCCUCGAAUACAGGGGUGGGUACUUGGGAUCGAGUGAGGUAACCAACUUUCCCCCAUCACAAGGUUCCAGCUUGCCAUUUUAGAAUCCUUUUGUUUUUAAGAAAAAUGCACUUUUACCCUUUGUCCCCUGUUCUGAGAGUUGAGGGCAGAAUAAAAGUGUCU